UCUUCAUAAUUAACUGCAUCAUAUUCUUAAGUAUUUCAAGCUGUUUUCUCUUGAUUAGCCCUUUUUAUUCUCCACCUCCUAUCUAAAACUUACCUUCUUCCAAUAAAACUUUUGUCCAGAAGAAUGACAGCUGAAGAUCAAACAAUCUCAAGUAGUGGAGGAUAUGUCCAAAGCUCAUCAACGACUGAUCAUGUUGAUCAUCAUCAUCAUCAUCAUGAACAUGAAUCUCUUAAUCCUCCUCUUGCCAAGAAGAAGAGAAACCUCCCUGGAAAUCCUGAUCCAGAGGCUGAAGUCAUAGCUCUAUCUCCAAAAACACUUAUGGCCACAAAUCGUUUCCUCUGCGAGAUAUGUGGAAAAGGUUUCCAAAGAGACCAGAAUCUACAGCUUCACCGUCGAGGGCACAACCUCCCAUGGAAGCUAAAGCAGAGGACGAGCAAAGAAGUGAGGAAACGAGUGUAUGUAUGUCCUGAGAAGAGUUGCGUCCACCACCAUCCCACAAGGGCACUCGGUGACCUCACCGGAAUCAAGAAACAUUUUUGUCGGAAACAUGGCGAGAAAAAGUGGAAGUGUGAGAAAUGUGCCAAGAGAUAUGCAGUCCAGUCCGAUUGGAAGGCUCAUUCCAAGACUUGUGGGACUAGAGAGUAUAGAUGCGACUGUGGUACAAUUUUCUCCAGGAGAGACAGCUUCAUUACACAUAGAGCGUUCUGUGACGCCUUAGCAGAAGAAACCGCAAGGCUAAACGCAGCCUCGCAUCUCAAAAGUCUUGCCGCAACCGCCGGUAGUAAUCUAAACUACCAUUAUCUAAUGGGCACACUAAUCCAAUCACCAUCACCUCAGCCACCACCGUCGUUUCCAUUCGGACCAUCUUCGACAGAACAUCACCACCACCAUUUCCCAAUCACAACCUUCGAUCAUCAUCAAGACGCCAUGAAACCUACUUCUUCGCUCUCCCUAUGGAUGGGAGGAAAUAUUAAUCAUCAUCAGCAAGUGACCAUUGAGGACCGUAUCACACGGCAACCGCAGCCGCAUUCACCGCACGAGGAUUACAACUGGGUUUUCGGGAACGAGAAUAACCGCGGCGAGUUAAUAACGACGAGCGAUUCACUCAUAACACAUGAGAAUAAUAUCAAUACUGUCCAGAGUAAGGAAAACGCAAACGCGGCUACUUCUCUAUCCGUGCCUUCUCUUUUCAGCAGCGUCGACCAAAUCACCCAAGACGCAAACGCAGCUGUCACAGCGAAUAUGUCGGCGACAGCGUUGCUUCAAAAAGCGGCUCAGAUGGGAGCAACUUCUUCUUCUACGCCUCCGACGACAACGAUCACCACCGACCAAUCAGCAUUUCUCCAGAGUUUUGCGUCGAAAGUCUCCGACCAGAGUCAGAUUAUAGAAGACGGUGGCAGCGACAAGUUCUUCGCUUUGUUUGGAUCCAACAGUGCUGGGUUAAUGAGUAACAACGGUCUUCACGAGUUCGGGAACCCUAGAAGUGGCGUUACGGUCGUUUCGGGGAUAGACGAAUUACAAAAUUACCCCUGGAAGCGUAGAAGAGUUGAGACUGGAGAUGCAGGUGGAGGAGGGCAAACUCGGGAUUUCCUUGGGGUUGGUGUGCAACAAAAAAUUUGUCACUCAUCCUCUAUCAAUGGAUGGAUAUGAAGACGCUUCUAAUAAUAUUUGUCUCUUAAAUUUUCUAUCAUAAUUAUGAAAUCAAGUUAUUAAA